AUGGCUGGAGGACCUGGAGGAGAUGGUGGAGGCAUUCAGUCCAACUCGGUGUUCUGGUCGGUUGUGAUGUCCCUCUUUGCUGCAUUUGGUGGUAUCCUGUUUGGUUAUGAUACAGGAACAAUCUCUGGUAUCAUCGCCAUGGAUGAUUGGUUGCACACUUUCGGAAAAUUUGACGAAUCAUUGGGAUUCUAUCUGCCCACUAAGGACAAGUCCCUCGUUGUGUCGAUUCUUUCUGCUGGUACCUUCUUUGGAGCUCUUCUUGCUUAUCCUCUCGGUGAUAGGCUUGGGCGAAAACUCGGCAUAAUGGUCGGAUGCUUGGUGUUCUUCGUCGGUACUGGUCUGCAACUUGACACCGCUUGGGUCGCUUUCGUCAUUGGGCGGGUCGUCGCUGGUUUCGGUGUCGGCAUCGUGUCGUGUUUGGUUCCUAUGUACCAAUCUGAAUGUGCCCCAAAAAGCAUCCGUGGUCUUAUUGUCGGUGCUUACCAACUUGCCAUCACCAUCGGUGCUCUUCUUGCUGCCAUUGUUUUGAACGCGACCAAGGAUGAACAAAGCCAUAGCUCUUGGAGAACUCCUAUUGGAGUCCAAUUUGCCUGGGGUGCCAUCCUCGGUGGUGGGAUGAUUUUCCUUCCCGAGUCUCCUCGUUUCCUCCUGCUCAAAGGCAAGCAAGCGGCUGCUCGCAAGGCUCUUGGACGCUUGAUGAGUGCACCCGCUGAUUCCCCUGACGUCGAGGAGGAAUGCCUUGCUAUUACAGCCGCUCUUACUCUUGAGCAGUCUGAGACCGCUGCGAGCUACUUGGAUUGCUUCAAGAACAACGAAGCGCACUACGGACUUCGCACAUGGACCGGUAUCUGGCUCCAGGCAUGGCAGCAACUUACCGGUAUCAACUUCAUCUUCUAUUACGGAACUACUUUCUUCAUGCAAGCCGGUAUCAAAAACCCUUUCAUCAUCACUAUCAUUGCCGAUGUAGUUAACACUGCCAUGACAUUGAUUGGCCUCCCCUUCAUUGAUCGCCUUGGACGAAGAAAAUUGCUUCUCAUUGGUGCCGCUGGAAUGUGUUUCUGCGAGUUCAUUGUCGCUAUUGUCGGUGUCACUGCUGGAGACGUCCAGCCCGAUGGAUCUGUCAAUUUGGCCGCUCAGCGUGUUCUCAUCGCCUUUGUUUGCAUUUAUAUCGCAUUCUUUGCUAUUUCAUGGGGUCCCGUCGGAUGGGUCGUCACCUCAGAGGUAUCUCCUCUGGCUAUUCGUGCCAAAGCCAUGUCGCUCUCCGUCGCCUCUAACUGGCUUUGGAACUUCGCCAUCGGAUAUGCCACUCCUUACCUUGUCAACCCCACCACAUAUGGUAUCAACGGUGAGAAGGCCGCCAAUCUCGGUGUCAAGGUCUUCUUCAUCUGGGGUGGAACAUGCGCUGGCUCGUUCAUCUUCACAUACUUCUUCAUCCCCGAAACCCGUGGUCUUUCGCUUGAACAGAUUGACAGGCUGUACAAGGAGUCAUCCAUCGUCAACUCCACUUCCUACCGCCAGAAGAUCAUCGAUUCUGACAAUAACCUUGACCACUCUUUUGGAUUACAGCAGAAAGAAGUUCAGGACAUCCAGCACGUCGAACACGAGAAACUUGCAGACUCGGAAAAAUCAAGCACUAAUUGA